UGACUUCAUGGCGCCGGUCCACGUCUCGCGGCGCGUGGCUCUGGUUGCAUACAGUGCGCCGGAUCACGCUCCGAGGUCGGGGUCGCGUUUCGGCGUCGCGUGAAGGCUCGUGUCCGGCAGCAACGGCGGUGCGGUGUGCUGGAGGCGCGCAUGCAGAGUCGAGGGAACGGGCGCUGUUGCGCAAUUCUCGAGCAGGAUGCUGCUAUUAAAGAGGGCGUGCUGCGUCGUGCUCUGCGCAGGGCAGGGCAGGGCAGGCUCCAUGGAGAUGCCGGAGAUGCAGCAUCAGGACUCGCGGUGGCGCGGGAGCUAGGCGCGCUCGAGCAGCGCGCUAGGCCGCAUGCGGGGAAGCGAUCCAGCAGGCGGGCGCGAGGGGCGCACGCCGGUCCUCUCCACGGUUCUUCGCGAGGACGUGCCAGCUUCGGCGUCGCUCAGCAGAGCACAACCACGACGCCGCGCUGCGCCGCCCGUCCAGUCGAAGCGCUGCCUGCCGCCAAUGCAACGUGGGCACCCCAGGAAAAUUUGAGGAGCCGGCCAAACAGCCCCUCCGCACGCCUCGCCUGCCCGCCUGUCAUUUGCCUGCCCGCCAGCGGCCUGGGGGCGUCCGCAGCCUUUAAGCACUCGAGCACUCUCUGCCCAGCAAGCACGCACUUCUAGUCUAGCCCGUGACGCAGCCGUGGCCCGUCCGCCUUUGAAAUCUCAAGCACCGCCGCCUCUCCGUCUGCUCCCUCCGUUUCCAUUACCCAAAGGCUUACCUCACAAGUACUGCGCAACCACACACAGCUCCCGCGCGCUCUCGUUAUCAGACAUUAUCAAACCCGCCCACACACGCACUCCUCCGUCCGACCCGGCGCUGCGGCCGCCCUCCCAGCGCGCGCUUAGCCGCCCAGAGCCUCCAUCGGCCUUCCUGUCCAGCUC